ACCCUCCAAAUUUCAAUUUUAAUCAAACCGAAUAAUUGUCAUUUACAAUCCAUAAAACAGAAGAAGAAAGUAAAGGAAAAAAAAACAAAAUGACGUCGCCACUGUUAUCACCGUCUUCGCCUCUCCGUCGAAAACGCCGUCUCACUCACUUCUUCUACACCGUACUCGCAUUCAUCUUACUCGCCGCCUUCAUCUACGGCCAAGAUUUCGUCUCUUUGUCCCGUCGAUCCCUUCACUCCCAGACGAUCCUACACCAAUCCGCAAUCGUUGUUGUGGUGGACGAACCUCCUCCGCCUCCGCCACCGUCUCCACCACCGCCAUCUCCUCAUCCGCUAUAUCCCCCACCACCUCCGCCGCCUUCUCUUCCACCGCCGGCUUUUGCGGCGGGGAAGACGCCGGAAGGAUGCGAUGUGUUCAAGGGGAAUUGGGUCAAAGACGAGUCAACACGGCCGUUUUACCGAGAAUCCGAGUGUCCGUACAUUCAGCCGCAGCUCACUUGCCGCACGCAUGGACGUCCCGAUAGCGAUUAUCAGAAAUGGAGAUGGCAGCCUGAUUCCUGCACGCUUCCCUCGUUUAAUGCGACGAUGAUGCUGGAGAGCUUAAGAGGGAAGAAGAUGAUGUUUGUUGGAGAUUCGUUGAACAGAGGAAUGUACGUUUCUUUGAUCUGUCUUCUUCAUUCACAGAUCCCAGAAACUUCCAAAUCCAUGGAUACCUUUGGAUCCCUCACCGUCUUCUCCCUCAAGGAUUACAACGCAACGAUCGAGUUCUAUUGGGCACCGUUUCUUCUAGAGUCGAAUUCAGAUAACGCCACAGUGCAUAGAGUAUCAGAUCGGAUUGUGAGGAAAGACUCGAUCAACAAACACGGCAGGCACUGGCGAGGCGCUGAUAUUGUCGUCUUCAACACAUACCUGUGGUGGAGGACUGGCUUCAAGAUGAAGAUCUUGGAAGGUUCAUUCAAGGAUGAGAAGAAGAGAAUUGUUGAGAUGGAGAGCGAGGAUGCUUAUCGGAUGGCGCUGAAGACAAUGGUUAAAUGGGUGAAGAAGAAUAUGGAUCCAUUGAAGACGAGGGUUUUCUUUGCUACCAUGUCCCCUACUCAUUACAAGGGCGAGGAUUGGGGAGGCGAGCAAGGGAAUAACUGUUACAAUCAAACGACACCGAUCCAAGACAUGGAGCAUUGGCCAUCAGACUGCAGCAAAACGUUAAUGAAAGUGAUCGGAGAGGAAUUAGACCGGAACAAGGAUUUUCCGGUGACGGUACUGAACAUUACACAACUCUCAGGCUACCGGAAAGACGCGCACACGUCGAUAUACAAGAAGCAAUGGAGCCCAUUGACGAAGGAGCAGCUAGCCAAUCCGGCUAGCUACUCAGACUGUAUACAUUGGUGCUUACCAGGUCUUCAAGAUACUUGGAACGAGCUUCUCUUUGCUAAAUUAUUUUAUCCUUGAUUCGUUUAACUGUAAUUGUUGUAAAUUAUGGUUAUUUCUCUGUUAAUUAAUUAUGUAACUACAUUCUUAUUAUACGAAAAGGACCAAAAGAGUUCCCUCUCCUGUUCUCUAUAUAAAACUCAAUAGAUGACAUUCAAGACUACAUGAUCCAAGGAAAAAGUAAAGACUGCAUAGUUUGCUAUAUUCUUCAUCGUGAAUUCAGAUCAUCCCAUUCCUUGUUUCUGCUACGAUCAAAGCCAGAGAUUCUGUUGCGGACCACCUAUUGACUCAAAACUCUCAAAGAUCCAGAGAACUCAAGUCGAAGAAUUCGUGACCAUCAUGUGGCUCGAGCUGAAGCGGUCGCGAAUCAUAACCACUAGGCUGUAUCUGGUUUUGGUCUUGGUUCGGACAGGGACCAGUCACAAUGCUUCCAUCUAUGUCGCCAAGGAAUUCGUCAACAUCAAAAAAUUCAUGAGAAUCCCAAAAGCCCUGAUCGUUAUCCAUAUCGUUAUUCCAACCAUAAUCCGCAACAGUAAGCGAAUCCGGCUCCGUCUGCUGCCGCGGCUGCUGUUGUUGUUGCUGUAUCACUCCUUCUUCUUCUUCCUGCUUCAGUUUCUCUUUCUCCUUCGAUAUUCCCUUCCAAUACUGCUGCUCAAACUCAGUCAGCCAAUCGUAAUUCAGCAUAUCGUUCGCAUCUCGAUGUUCAUCCGCGCAGUUUUCCGGCCUGGUUUCACCGCAAGGCUCUUCCUUAACAUCUAAUGUCCGACUAAACGGUUCAGAUUCACAAUCAGCAUUUUCUUGCUUCACGCAAACAUCACCGGCAAGAACCGCCUUAUCCUCAACAGCAGUACACACCUCAGACUGACACGAUGUACUAGUAAACUCAGAGGAGGCAACAGCACACUGAGGGAAGUUUAGACGAGCCAAUGAACCAUACAUAACCCUUGCCGCUUCAUCAUAAGCAGACGCAGCUUCUUCCGCGGUAGGAAACGUGCCAAGCCAAAGCCUACUUCCUCUAUUAGGUUCCCGAAUCUCUGCAACCCAUUUACCCCAGAUCCUCUGUCUAACUCCUCUGAAAAUACAGUGAGAAUUCUCCGGUCCUCCUUUACCUUUCAUACAACCUUUCUUCGACCCUUUUGCAGGAACUUUCCGCCUCGGCUUCUCUCCUUCUUGUACGGACGAAGAAGCCUCGACAAUCUCGUUGUACUCUUUCCACUUCUUUAACCUAUCAGCCACCGUUAAACCGUCUGCUCGAGCCCUCGAUUUCCUUUUCUUCGAUCCAUCGGUUCCGGUUUGAUCAUAUAUGGCCAUCUUCUUACUAGUCGCGGUCGAUCAAAGAAUCUACAAACCUAAUUGGAUCGAUAACUCCAGAAACUGAGUCGAAUCUCUACUUCAGUGGGCAACAAUCGCUGAUCCCUCUUAGUUGUUCCUGUUCUUUUGCGUUUAACGAUUGAUGUGUAUCUUCUUCGGAAUGUUUCGCGUCUCUCUUUCUUUUUCUUUAUUUCCUCUACAGAUUUAACUUUUUCAAAAUAAUCCAAAUCUCUCUGAAACCCGAGGGGUCGAUGGGUAUUUAUAAACCUUCUCUGGAUAAU